UUUGACAGGCUAGUGGCGAUCACCUUUCCAUUGCGUUAUCAGAUCAUUGUGAGUCUGAAGGCCAUGUCCUCACUGGUGGCCUCUUUUUGGAUUAUCGGCAUCCUUGUCAACUUGAUAGUUGUAGGGCUUCUAACACGACUGUCCUACUGCAGGUCUGUUGUUAUCAACAGCUAUUUCUGUGACCAUGGGCCGCUCUAUCGACUUGCCUGCAAUGACAAUCGGCCCAAUCAUAUCAUUUCCAUAGUGUUACCAGUUAUAAUUAUUUGGGCUCCAUUGCUCUUUAUCUUGAUAUCUUACAUGUGCAUUGGUGCAGCUUUGGCUAAAAUAGCUGGAGUACAAGAUAGGAUGAAGGCCUUUAAAACAUGCAGUGCCCAUAUAAUGUUGGUGAUUAUUUAUUACUUACCUAUUCUUGUCACUUUUAGUGUUGCUGCUAAAAUGCCUCGUAAUACAAGGAUAAUUAUUCUUUCUCUUGCAGCACUCAUACCUCCAGCGUUGAACCCACUAAUUUAUGUUCUACAGACUCAGGAAAUCAAACUGUCCCUGAAAAAGGUGUUCAAAAGAAUGUAGCAAUCAAAAGUUGCAUUGAAGUAG